CCGACGUGGGGGGGGGGGGGCGACGCAGGGAGCGGUUUCCGUCGGGAAUCGAAGGCGGCGGCGGUGGCGGCGGCCAUGGCGGCGCCGAGCCUGCGCGGGCGUCUGGCGCGUGUGGGGAACCCCAGGCGGCCCGUGCUGAAGCCCAGCAAGCCGCUCGUGCUGGGGAACCGAGUCGGGGAGCAGCGCCGCCAGCUGGGGGAGGCGACCUGCAUCACGGAGAUGUCAUUGAUGAUGGCGUGUUGGAAACAGAACGAGUUCAACGACACAGCUUGUGCCAGAGAGAUUCAGGUCUUCCACGACUGUGCCGCCAAGGCAGAGAUGGAGCGGAAGCUGAACGCAAAGCAAGAUUCCCAGGGAUCCUCGGGAAAUUUAUCUCCCAAGCAAGUUAAUAAAUUGCUUCAGAGGUUUCCUAAUAUCUCCUUUGUAGCUUGAAGGACUGGUUGGCCAAUAAAACGUCUUUCAGGGAAUGAACUGGAGUUGCCAAGGUGCUCUGGAGGCAGUCAAGAC